CAUAAAUGUCUACAAGAUAGGAGAGACUUAAUCAAUCAAUUGGUCUUGUUCUCUCUUUCCACAUCUUUGUUUUCCUCUCUCUCGCUCUCUUACUCACACACACAGUACUGAGCCCAGGAUACUGAAUAAAACCGGUUUAGUAUAUCACUGGACAAUCUUUCCAAGCAUUUUACCUUUUGCUUUCUUUAAUUUCAAAGCAAGAAGGACAGUAAUAUAUCUAAAUGUCACACUUUUUUCCUGAAUGUAAGAGAGAUUAGACUGAAGUAUUGCCAGUACUUGAGAAUAAGAGAGUUAAAACAUUUGCCAUUUCAAAUAAGACAUAUACUGAGUGCGAAAUAGAUAGGUUUGUACAGAACGGCAUGCAAGUUCUACCCUGUACAGUAUAAACUGAAAUUCAGCUUAAAUAAGACCUUUAGCAUUCCAUUGAAAAUGUAUCAUAUUCACGCCCAAGAUCAGACUCUGCAGUUUUUAUUUGUGAUGCUAUGGGCUAAGUGAAACCCAAAAUAGAGCAUAUCUGGUGAAAACCUCUUCAAGAGUUGCAAAGAUAUAACUUGAGUGACAAAAUAAAGAAGAGAUAAAUCUAAGCUACAUAACUACAUUAAUUUAAAUGUUAUAUUAAUCUAUAGUUGUGCAUCAACAAAAAAAAAUGGUACAUCGAUUAAACACAAAAGUUGCCUAUUUAGGCCAGCAAUGAACAUCCUCCAUGACCCUCACCAGCCUGCUUAGUUAAAAUCAGUGGGUAUUCUAGAUGGACAGACAGCUUUAUGAAGUUAAUAGCGACACAUACACUGAGUGUACAAAACAUGAGUAUUUUUCUGAGGGCAAAGGAGGGUGUAACUCAAUACUAUGAAGCCGUUCCUAAUGUUUUGUACACUCAGUGUAAAUCAUUCAGUGUGGCUUCCCAACCUAUGCCUAAAUUAUUCAGUUUGAUUGUGUAACAUUUGGUACCCUUUACUUUCAGUAAUAAAGAGUAACUGCCCCUAAAACCCAGGAAUCCCUUUGAAAACAGUAUGUGUGGCAUUGAUGUCAGAAACAUUUAUUCUAUUGUUGAAAUUGACUAAAAAGUGUACAUUGGAUACAUUUGGUAAUAAAGUCAGUAUCGUCUAAAACGGAGUGAAACCUCCGUACUUCACAGCGAGUAAAUGACGGUUGGGUUUGGAUUACAAUGUCAACAUAUCAUGCCCCCUUUUUCCAAGCUCCACGUGCACAUCGCCCCUCCGCCCACGUCACUUCCCUUCCUUGAAUGUGGCUUCAUUAUUUCAUCGCCCUCAACGCGUUCAAAGGAUCACUGCGUGAAAAGCUCAAUACGGAUUGCACAGCCAACAACUAUGUUUUUUGCAUGCCCUGCGGAUGGAACCUAUCACGCGGAAUAGGUGGUUGGAGUUUAUUGCGGUCUCCAGUGGUGAUAAAGUGCACAGUUGGGUGCCAGACUGAUCCCCUGGUCAUGAAUGGACCUACCAAAAGGAGCAAAGGAUGGUAUCAUAACAUGCCCAGCAAUGUGAUUGCAGUGGUGUAGAGACCUCCAAAAAUAAUUUAGUUCACCUGUUAUUUUCACAGCUUCUAAGGCCCUCCCUGUCAACACAACCUCAUAAGAUUGCCUGCUACAGUUGUUCGAGAGCUGUCCAGUUUACAGCCAAACAUGCAGCAUAGAGAAGACCAACAAGGGGGCCCUCAUCAGCAUCAUGCAGACAUGCCCUGGUGUAACAGUAUAACUUUAGACCGUCCCCUCGCCCAUACCCGGGCGCGAACCAGGGACCCUCUGCACACAUCAACAACAGUCACCCACGAAGCAUCGUUACCCAUCGCUCCACAAAAGCCGCGGCCCUUGCAGAGCAAGGGGAACCACUACUUCAAGGUCUCAGAGCAAGUGACGUCACCGAUUGAAACGCUAUUUAGCGCGUACCACCGCUAACUAGCUAGCCGUUUCACAUCUGUUACACUGGCUGUGAGCAUUCCUAUGAAUGGAACAGUCAAUCACAUGUUGGCAAGUAUCUGGUUAGCAACCUUCACCUAUCGGCGGCAACUGCUUUCACAGGGUCAUCUUCUGUACAAAUACAGAAGGUAACCUAUUUCAUGAUACAUUUGAUAACCCAAAUGUUGAAACAUAAUUUAUGUAAACUGAAAUUAUUUGUUGCUUAUUUUCUAAUUCUUAGAUGCAUGUAGUGUCCAGGGUAUAACCUAGCCUGGUGGAUCCAGCCUGAUCGCUGUGUUCAUCAUUCUACUUCACUUCACAUUUUAGGAUAUCUGAAGUGAAAUAGAAAGGUGAACGCAGUGAUCAGGUUGGUUCCACCAGGCUAGUCAUACCCACCAUUGAUAUUGUAAUCGUGUGUGACCAACCAGUAUCUUUGAUAAGGGGCCAGGAGCUGAUCUAUGCUGCUAUGCCCAUCAAUGGGGCUCUGGCAAAGACCUCGCCUCACCUCUUGCCUGCUCACCAACGGUCGUCGAUGGCAAGACCAGACUCACGGAGUACCAAGAAGAGUAUGCCAGAGGUGUGGUGGAGAGGACCUGGAACUGAAGCCAAGAUACACACCUACACUGGCAACGCCAUGAACACCUACACAGGUCCUUCGUACGCCCCAGCAUCUAUCUACAUCCUCAGGCUGCGGUCCAAGGACCAGGACACCAGGGCUACUGUGUACCUCCAUGAGGGCUCUGGGACCUCCUGGGCCUUCCCACAGCUUCCCUCUGACUCCCGUGUCCACACCCUGGGUGUAGGAAUGACCAGUGUCACCCUCAGCUGGGCCCCCAGUGCCCCCCUCAAAAGGCUGCACACCCAACGCAGCUAUGACUACUGUGUCCUCGUCAAUCGCAAACACAACUACCGCAACCUUUGUGCCGCCCAGGAGGGCAUCAGGAAGGAGCGGGAGAAAGACAAGAAAAGGGAGAAGGACAAACAGAGGAAAGUAACUGUGUGGCCGAUUCUCAAAGACUGGUGGUGGCAGCAGUGGGAUGCUGACACUGAGCUCCAGUCACCCGCUGCGCUCCGUGACGACUAUGGUCAUCUUCAAUGUGUUUGUAAGGGAACAGAGAGCGUGUGCACGGUCUCUGAGCUCGUCCCUGACACGCAAUACUACUUUGACGUUUUUUUGAUUGACAGGCUAAAUGGAACCAGUGCCGCAUAUACUGGAACAUUCGCUCAAACACACGAGGAGGCCCGACCAGCUAUCACACCACUUAGGGAAGGGGAGCUCCGGUGGGUGACCUUCCAGGAUGGAGGCUCAACCUCUGGGGAAUUCUUUAGCUUCCGCCCCCGGGGCUGGCAACAGAGUGGCCUGCUCACUCUACAGAGCUGCGAAAGCAGUGAGAAGAUCAACAUCACUGUUUCCAGCAAGGGCAAAGAGCUCAGCUCCCAGGCUGUGGGAGAAAACCUUGCUCAGAUCUGGCUCCAGGGCAGCCCUUCCUACCUCAUCCACUUGGAGAAAGAGGGAACGGCGGCUCCCAGACAAGCUGCUCCAGGAGUGCUGAAGGCCUCUGUUAAGAUGCAGGCGUCCUCCACUUACCAUCGUCAAGGGAUACCUUCGCUCCCCUCCACUCUGCAGAUAAAGUCUUUCAACAGGCUCAGGAGCUGUGAAUCUGUCACCCUGGCCUGGAUGGGCACAGAGGAGAGGAGCCUUUACUGCGUGUACCGCCAGAGGCUGGGUAAGGGGGGAGGUAAGAAGGGAGGCACGGCACCCUGCCUGGGGCCUGAGUCACGGUCGGACACUGAGAGGGUCCUGUGUAAAUACUUCCAGGAGCUCAACCCUCGACGGGCUGUCACGACUGCUGUGAUCGGAGGCCUGGAGCCUGGGGUGGCCUACAUAUUUGAUGUCUAUCUAAUGAGACGCUGGGGGAUCCCCAUAAAGUACAGCAGCAAGACAGUAAGAACCAGGAAGGAGUGCUGAGCUGCUGCCCACUCCUAGUCUCAGUCUGCAGCAGCAUUGGACUUAACAAAGAGGUGAUUUACAAAGACUUACCAUGAAAAAGUCAUUCUACUACGAGGGAGACUGUUAAGAAAUGUGGUACACUCUGUGAAGAGUGGUCACAUUUGAACACUGGUACUCAUGGAUUGGGUAGGAGUAGCAGAGGGGCGACUGCACACCAGCAAAAUUCAUUCCAUUUCAGUAACCUGUGCUUUUUGUCUUUUUGUUUAUAGUUGUUGAUGAUGUGCCAGUUGUCCAGGUACUAAUUGUGUGACUGAGUACAAAGGAGGAUCUAAGUUUUUGAUUAAUACAAAUUUUCAUUGAAGACUGUGCCAAAAGAUAUGCAACAGAAGCAGAUAGAGAUUUGAUUAUACUUUGCAAUGGGGAGAGGGCAAUAACCUACAGUAUAUAUUUAGUGCUGCAUUGUUUUGUUUCAAUAUUCUACAGGCUUAAAACACAGAUAGGGUAAUCUAUUGAUGCUUAGCGCAAAGUUAAUGUGUAUCUUGUGUUCUGCUUUCGCAUGAAGUAGAUAAAAUUUGUUAGCGACUAGCUUCAUUGUCGUUGAUGUAUUAUUGUGCUAUACAUCAAUAAACACACAUUAGGUAUCUGUA